AUGUCCUCCUCCCCAUCAACCUCAAAAGCCUCCCCAGGCCCAGCGCCCUGGCGCGCCCCCUUUCUCAAAAACGUAACCGACAUGGCCUCACCAGAAUUCAACCUCGCAACAAUCCACUCCUCAUCCUCGUCUUCCUCUGCCUCAUCCUCCCUCACCCCCCGCCUCCGCACCGUAAUCUUCCGCGGCCUCUGGGCCUCCCUCCCUGUCAACCCCAAAAACACAGCAGAUCUCAACCCACCCCUCUACGAAUCCGACCUCCUCACCCUAACAACCGACGCCCGCAUGGCAAAAGUGCCCGACUUUCUCACCAACGGAAAAGACUCACCCCAAAAAUCAGGCGGCGGCGGCCCCGUAGAAGCCUGCUUCUGGACCGACGCAAAAGUCCAAUGGCGCAUCCGCGGCGAAGCCUACCUCCUCGGGCCCGACAUCGACGCCUCCACGGCGCUCCGCUCCCACCUCCUCGCGCGAAUGCGCUCCGUCACCCCAGCAGACGCCAAACGCCGCCGCGAAGAGGACAUCCCGGAAGACUGGUCCUUUUCCCGCGAAAUCACCGCGCACUUUGGAAACCUAUCCCCCAUGAUGCGCGGCACGUUCCGGAACCCGGAGCCGGGGACGUCCCGCGCCGCGAACCCGCCUACCGACACGCUGAAGCUGGGGCAAAAGGUCGAGGAUCUGGAGGACGAGGUGGCGAGGGAGAAUUUCCGGGUUGUGGUGGUUGUGCCGACCGAGGUGGAUCAGACGGAUUUGAGCGACUCGGAGGACCCGAGACGGUAUCUUUACCGGUUUGUCGGGGCCGAGGCGGAGGCGGAGGCGGAGGGUGGUGCGGAGAGGGUUAAUGGGUGGGAAAAGACUGAGUUGUGGCCGUAG